GUGAGCCCCGUACAUAUCGUUUCCUUCAUAUUGCCCUGCUUUCUCUUGUUGUCACCAGACGGACCUGUUCUUCGAUUCCCUACUCGUACUCUCGCCCUCUGACUACUCCCCCCACCUUCGCCCUUUGGACCUCAACUCGGCCGACCUCUUUAGCGAAUUUCCCCAACUACAGACCAACAUGUGGUGGCUCAGUGCCUGGUGGUUCCCCGUCAUCUCGGCGGGCAUGUGGCUCGGCAUGCUGCUGGCCAUGUUCUGCUCCUGGGAAGCCAACGGACAUCCUCACCUAGCGUCGAUGAGCCCCAAUCAACACAUCGCCUACAUUUCCGACAUUGGGGCAUUUGGGUUGAAACCACUCUUCAUCACCGGCGCUGUCAUCACCACCGUGUUCCUCGACCUGGGCUUCAUGUCAGAGCGCUGGCUUCGGCACUAUGGCCGGCUGGCACCCAACACCUCGCGCGUCCAAUCCGCGCUCUCCAGCUGCGCCAUCUUCUUCGCCAUCGCAGGCACUCUCGGUCUGAUCCUCCUGUCAAUCUUCGACACCUACCAUCACCACAAAGUCCAUGACGGGUGUUUGCUCCUCUUCAUCGGCGGAUACAUCAUCUCAGCCAUCUUCCUUUGUGCCGAAUACCAACGACUCGGCAUCCACUACCGCCAGCACCGCGUCCUGCGGAUUUCUUUCUGGAUCAAACUCACCUUCAUCAUCCUCGAGAUCGCCCUUGCCAUCGUCUUUGCCUCGACAUCCUGGAACAACCACGAAAACGUGGCCGCCGUGUUUGAAUGGAUCGUUGCCCUCAUCUUCACCUUCUACGUUCUCUCCUUCCUCCUCGACCUCUGGCCUUCGGUACGGUCGAAGCGCCACGUUCCUCAAGGCUGGAGAGAAAGGGAAGCGGAACUUGAAAAGGAGGCGGGAAGGAACGGCGGUCUACCCCCUCUUGAUCAAGGACCGGCACCGAUUACUACGGAUCAGAAUGCAACCACAUAUCAAAACGACGAUUCUUCUGACAACCCCGCCACCCAAGGGUAUCGUGGGACUAACAUGACCGGCGGUCAGGGUUCCCACAUCCAGUCCGCUCUCUCAAAAUAUCCCGCGGAACACAAUGACCUCGGGCGGCAGAAAAGAUGGGGUAUCGGUCGAUUCCGAUUUUGACCUAGCUGUCUUGUCUAUUUCGAACGCCGUUCUUGUACAUUAAUCAGGAGUUUGGAAACGAAAGCCGAGCACCACGGAAAGCGAAAGGCGAUAAUGAAUCAAAAGCGAGGACUGGGAAUUCUGGCGGUUCAACCACGGCUGGCUGAACAUUUGUUCGGCGCUGGCGGAGAUUUUGCAAAUGAAGAACUGGGCGAGGCCGGUAUUCGCCCGCCGACGAUGACAUUGGACAUGACGAAGGAUAAGACAAAAUCUAGAACGCGGCACGACUUAGAUACGUAAUUUCUAUUUCAACUGUACAAUACGACCUCUGGUUUGACAACGAGUUGAAUGGUGAGCCCCAGGCAAGAGACAUGCCUGCAAACAUUGCUCCGUGACUCUUCACCUUUCUUGCUCAACACGGAUCCAGGUGGACGUUCUUGCCUUCAUGAUACAUUUUGUUGCGGG